CCCUAAGAAAUAAAAAAUGUUAAAUGGAGAAAAUGGCAAAAAUAUGUCGUUGGCGAAAUAUUUAAAUCGUUCGCUUACCAAGGCGCCCGGCAACCGAAUCUGCACACUUAAACCGGUGGAGGCAGAGCAUACGCCCAUUCAUCUGACUUCUGGAGAACAGUGGCUGGGCAGGAGCAAGGAAACGGGCAUUCGAGAUGCGCGCUGCUCAAAGCGGCAGCUUCAGCUCCAAGUGGAUUUGACUAAUGCUAGUAUUAAGUUUAAAGUUCUUGGCUUGAACCCGUGCGGUAUGAAUGGAGUUAUGGCUUUGCAGAAUACGGAAGGUGAACUUCAGCAUGGGGAUCUCUUAGAAAUCGUUUACGGAAGACAUCCAUAUGAGGUGGUCUUUAAUCCUCCACCGUCUCAAAAAACAGAAGAACCAGAAGAAGAAUUGCAACCUGAAGUAACGGUUGGAAAUAACAUUGGGUCGGAAAAAUGGGCUUCUGUGGACAAUGGCAAACUGAUUGUAUAUUCGAGCGCUGGAGUUUUGGCUUCAGAAAAGAUAGCUGGCUAUGACAUGGAUGGAACUAUCAUCAAAACUAAAUCGGGAAAUGUAUUCCCCAAAAAUACAGAUGACUGGCAGAUCAUCUAUCCCGAAGUUCCCGAAAAGCUACAACGUCUGCAAAAAGAUGGCUUCAAGGUGUGUUUUUUCACCAAUCAAGGCGGAAUAGCCCGGGGUAAAAUCAAAUUGGAUGAUUUCAAAGUGAAAAUCAAGCAAAUUGUGAAAAAAUUGGCUGUACCCAUUCAAGUUUUUAUAGCAGUUGGCUCAGGGUAUCGCAAACCACUGCCCGCAAUGUGGGAGCAUCUAAAAAAUGAAAUGAAUGACUCAGUGGCCAUUAAAUUGGAGCGCAGUUUUUUUGUGGGCGAUGCCGCUGGACGCCCAGAGACAGGAAAGGGGGUAGCUAAAAAGCGCAAGGAUCACUCUCUGGCAGAUCGACUCUUUGCAACGAAUGUAGGCAUUUCGUUCUAUACUCCUGAAGUGCACUUCCUGAAUCAACGAGUUGAGCAGUGGAACAAACCAGACUUCGAUCCAACCGCUGUUCACGAUGCAAUAUCUCAAUUUGAGCCUGAUAAUGUGGAAUUCGAUGCGAAUAAAUGCGAAAUGAUCAUAAUGGUUGGCCUGCCCGGUUCGGGUAAGAGUCAUUUUUGCCAAGAGAUUCUAACCGGCAAGAAGUAUAAGAUUCUCAAUGCCGAUACCCUAGGUAGUGUUCAGUCUUGUCUUGCUGCUUCUGAGCGAGCCCUGAAAUCAGGCACCUCCUGUGUCAUCGACAAUACCAACGUGGACGUGGCUUCACGUAAAAAGUUCAUCAAUUUGGCCAACGGAUUGAACGUACCCAUCCGUUGUUUUGUAAUGAAUGUGACGCCAGGCCAGGUUAAGCACAAUAUUGCAUAUAGAGAACUAUCCGAUGCCAAUCAUUCAAAAAUCAAUGAUAUGGUUUUCAAUAUGAUGAAAAAGAAAUACCAAGCACCCACUCUGGAAGAGGGCUUUGCGUCCAUACACAAAGUUAAUUUUAAGCCACAAUUUUGUAACGAACAGGAAAUGAAAUUAUAUAAAAUGUUCUUGUUGGAAAAGUGAGAAUCUAAUCUAAUGUAAAUAUACGCUUAGCAAUAUCAUCAAUAAGCCAAUCCAUUGAGCUGAGAAGUUUUUCCCCAGUUACCGCACUCACUCCCGCCACCAGCCAGUGAUGUGUGCUGAUGUCGUCCAAGUGAAGAAUCUGUAAAAAUAUAAAUAAAUGGUUGAUUUGUUUGAUUCGAUAAA